AUGGCAGCUCAGAAGAGAAAAAGCUCUGAUGUCGAGGUAAAUGAGACUGAAGCUGCUCCUUCUUUGCUUAAAUCAAGUGAAGUUUCUUUCCCAAGAGGUGGAGCUUCAGCUUUGACCCCAUUGGAAGUCAAAGAAGUCGCAAAUCAAGCUGCCAGAGAUGUUUUGUUUGAGACUUCUCAGAAACCAAAAAAGAAUGCGCAAGCUGAAGAGACUACUGAAGAGGCCCCAAAGAAGAAAAAGAAGAAGUUGAAUAAGAAAAAGGGGACCGAUGCAAGCACUGACGCUUCUGAUAAAGAUGAUGAAAAAAUUUCCAUAGACCAUCUUUCUUUGAAGAAUCUUAUUCCAGGUUCAUCUGUUUUGGGUCAAGUUGUGAAAAUCACAAGUACUGAUAUCUCUUUGGCCUUACCAGACAAUUUAAUCGGUCAUAUUCCUCUCAAUAGUAUCUCUGCAGAAGCCAGUAAAAAGAUUGAAAAAUAUGAGGCUCUGUCAGAUGAUGAAAAUGACGAGGAUGAAAAUAUGGAAGAAGAUAAAGAAGAGCAAGAUCUUCCUGACAGUACCAAGUUAUUGAAGGUUGGGCAAUGGCUUAGGGCUUUGGUGGUGGAACCUACCACUCAGAAGUCAGAAAAGAACAAGAAAAAGAGGACCAAAAGACUUGAGUUGACUGUAGAGCCAGAACUUGUCAAUGAACAUUUGGAUGAUGAUGACUUUGUCACCGGCCAAACUGUUCAAGCCUCUGUCAGAAGUAUCGAAGAUCAUGGUCUUGUUCUUAAUAUUGGUAAGCGUGAACUUUCAGGUUUCAUUUCCAGAAAGGAGCUUGCAGCUGCUGGUUAUGCUAUCGAAGAAGUUACUGAAGGUUCUGUAUUUUUGCUCCUUGUAUCAAAAAAAUUGGGUGAUUCCAGAGUUUUGAACCUUAAAUUCCAUAAUUCCGAUGGUAAAUCACAUGCUUCUGUUGAAAAAAUAUCUUCAACUGAUGCCGUCAUUCCAGGUAAUAUUGUUGAAGCCAUUGUCAACACUGUGACUGAUCGUGGCGUUACCUGUAAGGUCUUCGGUACAAUUAAUGCCUCCUUCAACUUAGCUAAUAUUAAUAUCUACACCAUCGCCGGUUUGAAAGACAGAUUUGAAAUUGGUGGUAAGGUGAAAGCUAAGAUUGUUGCUUCUAUAACUGCUAAUGGCGAAAAGAAAUUUUUACUCUCUCUUUUGCCUCACAUUAUGGGCUUCAAACUGACCCCAUUCAAAAAGGAAUUGAAUCCUUUGGAGGCCUUCCCAAUUGGAUUCUCUUUGGACAAGGUUACCGUUAAGGCUUCUGAUGGUCAAUAUUUCUAUGUUGAACUAGGCUCUGGCUCAAUUAUUGGUCAAGUCCAUGUUUCCAGAAUUCCGGAAGCCAAGAAUCUAUUGACUGCCAAAUAUUAUAACGGUUCGACCCAUAAGGCUAAGAUUCUCGAUUAUUCUCCAGUAGAUAAUCAAUAUAUCUUGACCAUGGAUCCAAAGAUUCUUGAGCAAAAGUAUGUGAGAGCUCAAGAUAUUCCAAUUGGUGAACUUUUCACUGGUGUGAUUGAAAGUGUUUCUGGAACUGAGGGUAUUGUGGUCAAAAUCUUCGAUGUUUUUAAAGCGUUUGUCCAACCAAAACACAUUAGUGACAUCAAAUUAGUGUAUCCAGAAAGAAAGUUCAAGGUAGGAUCUAAAGUUAAAGGUAGAAUCUUGAAAAUCGCUAAUGGAUCAAAGAUUUAUGCUACUUUGAGAAAAUCUCUUGUGGUUAACUUGACUGACGAUGCCACUGAUGAUAGCAAGAACCUUAUUUUGAGAGAUUAUUCCUCUACCAAGGUUGGUACCAAGACUUCUGGUACCGUAGAAUCCAUUUUCCCAAAUGGUGCCCUUAUAUCGUUUUUUGGUGAAAUGAGAGGUUUCUUACCAAAAAGUGAAAUCAGUGAAACUUUUGUCAAACAUCCUCAAGACUUCUUGAAAGUUGGUCUGACUGUUACUGUUACCGUUAUUAUGAUUGAUUCAAGUGCCAAAAAAAUGACUGUGAGUUGCAAGUCAAAUGCCGCUUCAAAGAUCGAGGGCAAGAAUACCAAACCAUUAGCUAAUGACUUGAAGAACUUGACUAUUGGUAAAGAUGUCAUUAAAGUUUCGAUUGCUGAAAAAUCCAAGGAUAGUAUUAUUGUUGAUAUCAAAGAUAGCAACUCUCGUGGGAUUAUCUAUUCUUCACAUCUCUCUGACGGCAAUUUCGAGCAAAAUAGACAAUUGUUUAAGAGUUUCAAGGUUGAUGAUGAAUUGGAAUGUUUGGUGUUGGAUAAGGAUAGAAAGGCCAAAUUAGCCAUCUUGACUUCUAAAAAAUCUUUGAUAGAGGACGCUAAAAAUGAAAAAUUACCAGUUAAGUUUAGUGACAUUGAAAACCUUUCACCUGAAGUUGCUUUGCAUGGUUAUGUGAAGUCCAUUUCUGAAAAGGGUUUGUUCAUUGGCUUUGGUGGCAAACUUAUCGGUUUGGUGUUAAAGAAAUAUGCACUUAAAAAUAGAGCUGAUGACUUGAAUGAUCAUUAUAAGCAGCAUCAAUCCAUUGAAUGCCAUGUUUUAAGAACUGAUAAAGAAAAUGAAAGAUUUUUGCUUUCGUUGCACGUUGAGGAAUCAAAGAAGAGUAAAAAACAAAUAACUGAUCACGAUAAUGACUAUAAAUUGGAAGUUGGUGAGACAGUUCCAGGUAAAAUUAGAUCUAUCAAUGAUAAUUUCAUAAUAGUUGAAUUGGUGCAAAGAAAGAUUGGUUUCUGUUACAUAACUGAUGCUUUGAUCAAUUACGAUAAACUUUUGAGAGAUACUUAUAGAGUUGGUGCUAUUGUUAACGCCAAGAUUCUUUCUGCGGAUCAAACUGCUUCUAAAUUCAAUGUUUCCUUGCGUUCCAACUAUGCUGAAGAUGAAACCAUUGAAGACCGUGAGAUUCAAUCAAUUGAUGAUAUCAAGACAGGUGAUGUUGUUCGUGGGUUUGUUAAAAAUAUUAAUGACAAAGGUGUUUAUGUUUCACUUUCUUCUAACUUGUUUGCUCUUAUUAGAGUGUCUGAAGUUUCUGAUCAAUAUGUCAAGAACUGGAAGAAUUACUUCAAACCAAAUCAAGUUGUUAAAGGUAGAAUCAUCUCUGCCAAGGGUGAAGGACGUGUUUUAUUGACGUUGAAGCAAUCUCAAUUGACUGGUGAAUUGAAAUUAUCUAAGAGUUUCGAUGAGUUGGAAAGGGGUGAAAUAUUCGAUGGUACAGUUAGAUCCGUAACUGACUUUGGUGUUUUUGUUAACCUUGAAGGUACCAAUAAUAUCUCUGGUUUAUCACAUAAGAGUCAAAUCUCUGAUGAUGGUGUAGUUGACAACCUUAGUGCUUUAUUCGGUGAAGGUGACAAGGUUAAGGUUAAGAUUUUAUCCAUUGAUAAGAAAAAGAAACAGCUUUCCUUAGGUAUGAAGGCUUCUUAUUUCAGUUCUGACGUUGAUGAUGAAAUGAAGGAUGCUGAAGCCGAAGAUAAGGUCACUUAUGAAGAUAGUGAUGAUGAAGAACUUAGCGAGGCCUUUAAUGAUGAAGAUAUGGAAAAGGAUGAAAGCGACAAAGAAGACGAAGAAGAAGAAGAAGAAGAAGAAGAAGAAGAAGAAGAAGCCUUAAGCGGUGGCUUGAGUGGCUUAUCUGGUUUAAGUACAAACGGUUUUGACUGGACUGCUAGUAUUCUUGAUCAAACUGAUAGUUUGGUUGAUUCAGACGAUGAAGACGAUUAUGAAAAUGAAAUGUCUAAUGGUAGAAAGAAAAACAAGAAAUCCAAGAAAAAAGCUAGUAUUGUGGAAGAUAAAACCGCUGAUUUGAACACUCGCGCGCCACAAUCUGUUUCUGACUUUGAAAGAUUGUUAAUUGGUGAACCUAAUUCCUCUGUCUUAUGGAUGAAUUACAUGUCUUUUGAGUUACAAUUGAGUGAAAUUGACAAGGCUAGAGAAAUUGGUCAAAGAGCUUUGAAAACAAUCAAUUACCGUGAAGAACAAGAAAAAUUGAACAUUUGGAUUGCGAUGUUAAACUUGGAAAAUACCUUUGGUACCGAAGAAACUUUACAGGAAACCUUCACUAAGGCUUGUCAAUACAUGGACUCAUUGGUUAUCCAUCAAAAGCUUGCGGGUAUCUAUAUCUUAUCGGAAAAAUCUGAUCAAGCUGAACAACUUUUCAAGGUGAUGACCAAGAAAUUCAACAGUGAGAUUUCUGUCUGGAUCAAUUUUGGUAAAUUCUAUUUGGAAAACAAAAGAAAUGAAGAGGCCCAUGAACUUUUAGCUAAAGCAUUGAGAGUGUUGCCAAAGCACGACCAUGUUGAAGUUGUCAAGAAGUUUGCGCAAUUAGAAUUCAAGAUUGGUGACCCAGAACAAGGUAGAUCCUUAUUUGAAGGUUUAAUUUCCGAUAAACCUAAGAAAUUUGAUUUAUGGAAUGUCUACAUUGAUCAAGAAAUCAAACAGAAUGAAAAACAAAAGGUUGAAGACUUGUUCGAAAGAUUGGUGACCAAGAAAUUAUCUAAUAAACAAAAGAAAUUCUUCUUCACUAAAUGGUUGCAAUUCGAAGAAAAACAAGAAGAUGAGAAGGCUUGUGAUUAUGUGAAGGCUAAAGCAAGAGCAGUCGCUGAAGCUGAAAACUGA